AUGGCAGCCGAAACUUACGGACAUCGUGUAUUGUAUUCAGAGAAGGACAUGUUUCCCAAUGAUGUCAUGUUGGAAUAUUCUACGGAGGAAUGCUAUUUGACCUGGCCGAGGUCACCCGACUCGGGGCGUUCGAGCUUGGAGCCGACGCCGUCCAUGGAUGGCAGCAACCAGGAGUCACCGACUCACAUUGCGUACAGAGGAUUGCCAAGCGAUUUGGGCUUGGAGGACAGUUCAGAGGAUUUGGACCUGGAAGGUUCUGGAAAGAGACGAGGCCGGGCGACUAGUGCGGCGGUUUUAAGAAGACGACGUCUGGCAGCGAACGCCAGGGAAAGGAGACGUAUGCAGAAUUUGAAUAAAGCAUUCGACAGACUGCGCGGUCAUCUGCCCUCCCUCGGAGCUGAUCGCCAGCUCUCCAAAUACGAGACCCUUCAAAUGGCCCAGACGUACAUCGCUGCGUUAUACGAACUAUUGCAAUAG